AUUGCGGGAUGUGAGCGGCGUCGGAGGAUGAGCGAGGCCUGAGGAAACUCGACCGCUACCCGUGCGACUUAUCGCAGUAGGCGAGCCAAUCCGAGGUCUGCGACGGAUGUCCCCACUGAGUCCCGGGGGACGUAUAGUGGGAGGAACGGAAACGACCAUCGAGGACGUGCCCUACCAGGUGGUGCUCCAGGUGAAUGGAAUCUACCUCUGCGGAGGCACCAUCAUCAGCGACCAAUGGAUCCUGUCGGCUGCCCAUUGCAUGGGCUACUCCACUAAACUGCUGCAGGUCCGAGCCGGGUCCGUCCACGAGCAAUCUGGAGGCUCUCUCCACGGAGUCGAGGAAGUGAUCGUCCACGAGGAGUACUUAAUGAACGCCUACAGCGUGCCCGAGAACGACGUGGCCUUGCUUCGCUUGAAGGAGCCAUUGGCGCUGGACAGCACCCGCCAGACAAUUCCUCUGUAUGAAAAAGACGAGGAGGCCAAAGUUGGGGCCUACUCCACCAUCACCGGAUGGGGAGCCAUCACCCAGGGUGGCCCCACAUCCUCCGUCUUGCAGACCGUUCAGGUGCCCAUCAUCUCCAAGGAGAAGUGCAACGAAGCUUACAGGACAUUUGGAGGACUCCCUGCAGGCCAGAUCUGCGCUGCCUACCCUGAGGGUGGAAAAGAUUCUUGCCAGGGUGACUCCGGUGGUCCCCUUGCCAUCAAUGGUCGUCUUGCCGGGGUGGUAUCCUGGGGCAAUGGCUGCGCCAGACCUGGGUGGCCUGGUGUCUACACCGAGGUCGCCUCUUAUCGAGACUGGAUCCAUCAGAAAUCCGGAAUUUAAAUGGACCCUUCCUUUGGCUCUCUGGCAACUUCCACGACCCUUAACAAUGCAACGUUGGUUCUCGCUGACAACCUUGUGAAUUCUUC